UGUCAGCUCAUCAUUACCAUUAAUCCUCACUCGGUUAUUCAGUGUCAUGGACACUGGCCGUGACAGGCUUAUACCUUGAGUGCACGAUUACUUGCUUAGAGUUGUUUGAGACGAGGGAAAGGUCCGUAGUAGUUGUCUGGGGUGUGGAUCUUCUGGGCCGAGAUCAGGUCGAAAUAAAAGGUACAUUGUGGCAUAAUUUGAGGAUUAUUUGUAGAUGACGAUGGUAGCCAGAACCAUGUGGCUAAGGACACUAUGCAUGCAACAUUCGGCAAGAGUUUCCUCCACAUUUAUCUUAAAAUUUUCUGGUCGAAGUCAACAUCCUGGUCGUAGUAAACAUCAUAUACACACUUUUCCUGUUGCUUUCUACCCAAGAUGUGAACUAACAUCCAAAAGGUAUCAGGUAAAGAGAGGUCAGUUCAGCCACAUAAAUGGAGAUGACAUGAACUUUUUCACUGAUCUCCUUGAUCCCCAUCGUGUCAUAACCGAUGAGACAGAGCUUGAAGGCCACAAUACUGACUGGUUGGGGAUGGUUCGUGGUACAUCAUCAGCCCUUCUCAAGCCCAAAACAACUGAGGAAGUCUCGGCUAUUUUGGCUUACUGCAACAAGCGUAAACUAGCAGUCUGCCCUCAGGGUGGAAAUACAGGUCUGGUUGGAGGAAGUGUUCCAGUAUUUGAUGAAAUCAUUAUUUCAACUACCCUUAUGAAUCAAGUUGAAAAUGUAGAUACAUGGUCUGGAGUGGUUACAUGUCAGAGUGGCUGUGUGUUAGAAGCUCUUGAUCGACAUGUGUCCGAGUUUGGCCUGAUGGUACCGUUGGAUCUUGGAGCGAAAGGCAGCUGUCAUAUUGGUGGAAAUGUUUCCACUAAUGCAGGUGGGUUGCGUCUACUCCGUUAUGGGAACCUUCAUGGAUCUGUCUUGGGUGUUGAGGCAGUUUUGGCAUCAGGUGAAAUUGUGAAUUGUUUGUCAACAAUGAAAAAGGACAAUACAGGCUAUGAUCUCAAGCAUCUCUUCAUAGGCUCUGAAGGAACACUAGGAUUAAUAACAAAGGUUGCUAUCAAUUGCCCUCCAAGACCACAGUCAGUGAACCUAGCAUUUUUGGGCCUUCAGACUUUUGAUGAUGUUCUUAAAACCUACAAAGAUGCAAAGAACAAACUAGGGGAGAUCCUAAGCUCUUGUGAAUUCAUUGACUGGAGUUCUAUCGAAUGUGUGGAGAAAAACUUGAAGCUGAAAGCACCAAUUGGUGUACAUCCCUUUUAUAUGCUAAUAGAGACAUCAGGAUCUAAUAGUACUCAUGAUGAGGAGAAAUUAAAUAUCUUCCUGGAGGAGGCAUUAGAAUCUGGAAUUGUUAGCGAUGGCACAACAGCUACAGAACCCUCUCGAAUGCAGCAUAUCUGGAGCAUUAGAGAGAGAAUUGCAGAAGCACUCAUAGUUGAUGGCUAUACAUACAAGUCAGUUGCAAUAUAUGAUAUUUCACUGCCAUUACCUCAUUUCUACAAGAUGGUAGAGGACAUGAAAGAACACUUGGGCUCUAGUGUCAUUCGCUGCUGUGGCUAUGGCCACAUUGGAGAUGGAAACCUUCAUUUAAAUAUCACUAGCAACGAGUUUCAGAAGGAUAUCUUGAAUCGCAUUGAGCCUGUAAUAUACGAGUGGACAGCAAAAGUGAAAGGCAGCAUAAGUGCAGAACAUGGUGUUGGCUUCAAAAAGCGGAACUAUAUUCACUAUUCCAAGUCAUCUGGUGCUAUAACAUUAAUGAAGCAGAUGAAAACAUUGAUGGAUCCCAAUGGAAUCUUAAACCCUUACAAAGUUCUUCCUGAUAAUUAAGAUUUAAAACAUAAUUAUUCUUCUAUAGAUUAAAUUAACCCUUAAUUUAAAUUAGAUGAAUAUAGUAUACUAAACAUACCUCACCAAUUAGGGGAUUUUUAUAACUACAAAUGUUGUUGAGUAUUUAAUAAAUUUAACAAUUUUUGAGUAGAGUUUGGUUAGUGUAUUGAAGUUUCCAUUAUUACUGACCCUGGAUUGGUUCUGCUGUUUUUCUUGACAAUACUGUAAUUAAAUUUAACAUGUAGACACCAGUAAAUGUAUGCAAAUAUAAUUUAAACUUUUUGGCUUACCCCUUGCAGUGAAGACCAAAUGUCCUGUCACCUUGAUGUUGUCAAAUUGUCCCACUGAACAGACUUUUGUAGAAAUACUAGUACAGUACUGUAUUAAAAAUUAACUGUUUACAAGAAAAUAUUAUACUGUAUAGUGUAACCUCAAAAAUUCAGUAAUUUGUGCCAAACUCAUUUAUGAGUUUAACUAACAUUUGCCUUUUUGUUUUGCCAAAUAUUAAGGGGUUUCUCAAUUGUAAUACUGUAAUGCAAAGUCCGCUUAACUAGAUAUUUGGAUAUCCGGCCAAAAUUGCCUCUGGAUAAUUUACUGGCAAAACUUCACCAUAUUCUGACAGAAAUCUGGACAGAGAUUGGGUUGCAUAAAUUUUCAAGAACUACACAUUUCAAGAUCUACAGUAUCAAACAAGAUGAUGAACUACAACAAGGUACGUUCAAGUUUAAAUAAUAAUUUUUUAUUUAUAGUGUUAAAAUUUUAAUUAUAUUCGUUGUAUAACUUGCGAAUAUUGCAAAUAUGUACAGUAUUUUAAUUUUUGAACUUCUCUGAAUGUCUGGCUUAUCCGGUGAGGGCUCCUUCCCAUAUACAGUACAGGUAGUACAGAUAAGCAAGCAUAGUUUAUCUUAUGGUAUACUGUACAGUGUUUACACAGUCAAAUUAUUGGUAGCCAUUUAAAUUUAAGAAAGAUAGCUAUUAAAUCAAAUUCAAAGAUAUAAUAUCUUAAGUAUAAUAAUGUCAGGUCACCUGCGUUGGAUUUGUCAUCUCUGUACUGCAAGGUUCAGUAGCAAUUAGCCAGCCGACAUUGUAUUUUACAGUCAAAAUGUUAGAAUACAAUUAAACAUGUCGAACUUAAACUUGAAAAGGGAUAUAUAUCUUACAAUAAAUAGCAAGUGGGUGGGCACAAGUGUGGAUGAAUGGUUGUGUUCUGCAUUUUGUAAAUGUAAUACAGUACAUAGAGAUUACUUCCAAAUUCAAAAUACAGUAAUAGCAAAUAGUUACAAUAAACUAACUUCUAACAAAUUCAGUAUAUUAAUAACAAAUAACUAUAAACUCUUAAUACAGUACUGUACAAUAAAAAUGUUAAAUAGAAGUGCAUGCCAGCCUGUCAUAUUGUUGACACCUGGUCAGCUGUUUUGAUUUGUUGUUCUGGCUAUAAAACAGCAGUCAUAUAUCAACACCUUGUUUAAGUUCUAGUUUAAAAAAAAUUGGGAAAAUACUCGCAGAAUUCUCUCCUCCCAAAAUCUAUUUUUUGUUAACACUAAUUAAUGUGUUUUAGAAGGCUAUUUUUUGGAUGUUUCGUAAUCAUUUAAUAUAACAUUUUAGUUCUAUAUUGUACUGUAUUCCACAUGCAGUAAAUCAUUAAACUCCAGUAGAGAGCUGUCCAUUUUGUGUUUGGGAAACUCUAGUCAACACACAUGUUCUACCUUGAUUACUCAGUUUAAAUUUUUUAAGUCUGGGAUAGAUUUAACAUGUCUGCUUUCUCACCUAUAUGAAGUGUCACCUGUUAAAAUGUUCCUUACACUCUCGGACUUGAUAAUCGUCUAGGACUCGCCAAAGCGUUAUUUUCACAUAUUUAAUGUAGAGUUAGUGUUUACUACAAUUAUUGUAAGGAACCAGAUAAGGAAAUGUACAUAAUGGUGUUUUGUAUUUUUUUCUACCAUGCAGUGCAGUACAGUAUAUCAAUACUUUUGCACAGGGAUAUUUGCAUAUACUGUAACUUUUUUUUUUAUUAUAUAAUAUGACAGCAGACUGCUUAAUGUAUUUUUUUUUUUUUUUAACCUUUAUGUGACUAAUGAUUUCUUUGUUUAUAAUUAUGAACCUAAAAUGUUUGAUGUCCAAACCACACAUCAGAAAACGAAGAAACAACAUUUCGGUCUGUCCUGGACCAUUACCAAGUUGUAUAUUACACGCCCCGAUAAUGGUCCAAAAUGUCAUCAUUUCUUCAUUUUCUGAUGUGUGGUUUGGACAUCUUGUCUUCAGCUACGUUAUUGUGACAUUAUCUGAUUGCUUUUAUCAUAUGGUACGAGGAAAACAAAGCAUGCAUAAUAUAUUUAUUUUGUGAAUUUUGAAAUUGGAUGUUACAGUAUGCAGCAUCACACCACCUGCUUCUUAACAGGUUGACAUUUGUGGGUUAAAGAAACAGAGACAAUACAAUAUUAGGAAGUUUAUUAUAAAAGGAAACAGCCAAUUAAGCUGUAGAGUAUUAUUCAGAUUGCAAACUGUAAGUACUGGUAGUUAUCAAAAGGCACCAAGCCAGGACGUACAAAUUGUAGGUCAAGUUUUUUGCAAACAUUUUAUGAACUGCAAAAUGAGUUAAAAAAAAAUUCAGGUGAUAAUUUUAAGGUGAAUUCUUAUUGUAUAAAAAUAUCAAAGAAAAUUUAUACUAAAUAAUGUAUAUAUAAUUGAGAUGUUGAGGUAGUGAAAGUGCUAAAUUUGUGUUCAGGCGAGAUGUUUGCCCAGGACUGACGGAUGGCCAUUUUGAGCUUGAGUUUAGAGCUCGCAUCUUUUCCCUGAAGAUCCUCCUUUACUGUGUGCCAGAGGUUUUCGAUUGGGUUGAGAUCAUUAUGAAGGGUACCAUGCAGUCAUCAAACCACUUGGUGUCAGAUUUGGUGAUAUGAGCAGGAGCACCAUCCUACUGAAACACACCGACGUUUGUGAGCUUGAAGGAAUCUGACAGAUAUUCACAAAGCUGCUCCAGGUAAACAGCUUGUGCUGGGCUUGGGAUGUAUAACUCUCAAAACUCUGCAGGUAUGCUUGAUUCACUUCAAGGUUUUUGGGAAGCACUUUCAAGAAUAACAAGCUUGCUGAAACCCCUACCUAAGAAAAAACUCGCCAUAAGAAAACCAAGUGGCUUGAUUGUAAUGUUCCCUUCAUCAAGUAUGAGCUAGGUAACAGCCCAGAUCUCGACUCCAAUGAAACCCUCUGGCACAUAGUAAAGGAGGAUCUGCAGGGGAAGGGAAUUAUCAAGGGAAAGCACUACACCAUUACAAUUAUAUAGUACUUAGAAGGGAUCAGGAUUUGGGAUGGGAUGGGGAAAGGAAUGGAGCCCAAUGACUUGGACGGUUGGGAAUCAAAAACUGACGUGCAUUAUGCGUGACUGUCGCUUUACCUUCCAACCCAAGUGGUUGUGCACCGCAGGAGAAACGACGUGAGCUCUAAACCCAAGCUCAAGAUGGCCAUCCGGCAAUCCUGGGCAAACAUCUCGCCUGAACACACAAGAAAUUUGGUAUUUUCACUACCUUAAUGUCUCUAGGCUGUUAAGAAGAGAAAAGGCCACCCAAGCAAGUAUUAAAAGACUAAUACAUUAUUUACUAUAAAUUUUCUUGCAUAUUUUUUGUUGUGCAAGAGGGGCGAGAGCAGGAUGGUGCAUACUUUUGACCAGUACUGUACACUAUUCUCCUGUAAAUAAAAAUGGUAUAUAAUUCA